AAUAAUCUUAUUGUGGUGUUAUGGACAGCAAAGCUCCCACGUUGGAAGACGGCAUCCGGACUUUGGAGCAUGACCGGAACUCUUCUUUUAUACCGCUGUUGCAGUUGGGUUGAAUUUAGGGGCGGACUCUGCAACAGCCUAAGAAAAACAAAACAGAGUCUCUAUGUGUUUGACGUUGGAAGCAAUGCUAUAUUUGAGAAUGUGUAGAUACACGACUGGUUUAAAAGGAGACCUGUUUAUCAGUUCAGGGAUUUAAUUUUUUUCUGGAAUAUCAAUAGAUGUAUUUUUUCUUUUAGCAAGGUACCAAAGGUUGUAAGCUAAUCAUUAGCGGCAGGGGUGUGGAUGUUCUGUCGUUAACCCUGUUGAACUAGCAGGUGGCUAGCCUCAGUCUUAAAUUACUUCAUAGUCUUACACCCGGGUUGUCUGGUCCGGGUUACGUUUGAACACGUUAGCAAAUAGGCGCCUGUCUUGGAAUAAACCAUAAGCUAGCGGAAAUGAUUCGAGGUAAUUGUGCAACAGGGGAAAGUUAACGUGACGAUACCGGGGGAUGGCUGUUGCGGGUCGGUGUGGGUGCUACUUCUGCCCGUGAAGCCAUGUCUGGCGCCCAGCGUCUGCUGAUAAGACAGUCCCAGCCCAGGUCGUAGCCUUGAAAGAACCCACUUAAUCCCACUGAGGAAUAUCGACGUGCUGAGCUGCACAAUGCCCGGGCUGGUGGUGUUCGGACGCCGCUGGGGGAUCGCCAGUGACGACCUGGUCUUCCCCGGCUCCUUUGAGCUGAUGCUCCGCCUGCUCUGGUGGCUCGGCACCAUGAUCUUGUUCACAUAUCACAAGGGGAGCUUUGACUGUAAUGGCAGGGGAGUCCUGCACAGCUACCUGGUCGGGCUGUUGGUGGUGCUGGCUCUCAUCAUCCUCUCCCUCUGUGCCAUCGUCUAUGUCAGUGCUCAAGGUACCAUUACCAAUCCCGGGCCGAGGCGUUCCAUGCCUUCGCUGGUGUACCUGCGAGUUCUGCUCUACAUCCCAGAGCUGGUGUGGGCCUGUCUGGGGGCCGUCUGGGUGUCCGACGACAGCAGGGGCUGUGACCCCGCCACGGUGGGAGCGGUCAUCUCCGCAGUGGUCGCCAGCUGGAUCCUCCUGCUGUCCACGGCGCUGGGGGUGGUUUUCGUCUUCGACCCUCUGGGCCGCCCCCGCUCGCAGCCGGCCGCGCUGGAGCCGCUGGGGGUGCGGGACAUGGAGAGCAGCGAGGGCAGCCAGUUCCUGUCCACCGCCCGCUCCCUGGCGGUGAAGGUGUGGGAGAGCAGGCUGCGGCUGCUGUGCUGCUGCCUGCCGCAGGACGAGAGCCACCGCGCCGCCUUCUCCAGCAUGGCGCAGCUCUUCAGCGACUUCUUCUCGGACACAGACCUGGUCCCCAGCGACAUCGCAGCCGGUUUGGCUCUGCUGCACCAGGAGCAGGAUAAGACGGAGCAAAGCCGGGACCCCGACACCGUGGAGCCCCACAGCCCUUCCUCCCCAGCCGACCAGGACAUGGAGGCGGAGCUGGAGAAAGCGGCCCACUGCAUGCGCUUCGCGGCGGCGGCGUACGGCUGGCCUCUCUACGUCUACUCCAACCCCUUCACCGCGCCCUGCAAGCUCAGCGGAGACUGCUGCAGGAGCCGCGCCGCCGAGCACGACGUGGUGGGGGGGGACCACCUGGACUGCCACUUCUCCUCCAUCCUGCACAGCACCGGCCUGCAGUACAGGGACUUCAUCUACGUCAGCUUCCACAACCAGAUCUUUGAGAUCCCUUUCUUCGUGGCUCUGGAUCAUCAGAGGGAGGCGGUUCUGGUGGCUGUCAGAGGAACGCUUUCACUGAAGGACGUCCUGACCGACCUGUCUGCGGAGUGUGAGAACCUGUCUGUAGAGGGAGUGUGUGGAGCCUGCUACGCUCACAAAGGCAUGUCCCAGGCGGCCGGCUACAUCUACAAGAAGCUGGUCAACGAUGGCAUCCUGAACCAGGCCUUCUCCAUCGCACCUGAGUAUAAGCUGGUGAUCACGGGUCACAGUUUGGGGGCUGGCACUGCUGCACUCUUGGCCAUCCUCCUGCGAAAAUCCUUUCCCACUCUGCAGUGUUACUCAUUCUCUCCACCAGGGGGACUCCUGAGCAAAGCCUUAGCAGAUUACUCCAAGGACUUUGUGGUGUCUGUCGUCCUGGGAAAGGAUCUGGUUCCGAGAUUGAGCAUUCCAAACAUGGAGGACCUGAAGAAAAAGAUACUUAAGAUAGUCUCCAACUGCAAUAAACCCAAGUACCGUAUCCUGCUCCAGGGCUGCUGGUACGAGCUGUUUGGAGGAGACCCGGACGAUUUCCCCACCGAGAUGGACAACCGGAGGGAGGAGCAGCUUAGCCAGCCGCUGCUCGGGGAGGAGUCCCUGAUGAUUCGCCACUCCUCGUCCUAUCAGAGCUUUGGGUCGGAUGACUCGCCCGCCCACACGGCCACGCACUUGCCUCUCUUCCUGCCUGGACGCAUCCUGCACAUCACAGAGGACGGGCCGUCCAGGAGGUCCUGUUUCUCCCAGGUCCGGUACCGAGCGGAGUGGUCCAGCGAGAUGGCCUUCAGGAGUGUUCUGAUCAGCCCCAGGAUGCUGGCGGAUCACAUGCCCGACGCCGUCCUCCGAGCACUCAACAGUCUGACCAGCGACAGGCCCUUCUCCCUCUGCCCCUCAGCGUCCAACAACAGCCAGCACAAUGUAAUCUGAGAUCCCGUGUGAAGGCCGUUGUUCAUAUGUCUGCGACUCCACAAGCCAACUCCUGUUUACAGGACCUUUCAGCUACUCACGUUACCGUUAUCCCAGGCUGACUUUUUCUGGCUUUCUCUGUUUUAUUUGGGUCCCAUGUGUGAUUCUGUGGCUUCUCCACACAUUUCUACUUGAUUGUAACACUGACGGAAGACAGGAUGCUGUUUCUUACUGUGGUUGCCAAAAAUGAUUGAUUUGAAGGAGAUGCACACAGGGACUUGCUCAGUUGGGCUUCUAAUUAUUUAAUGCAAAAAAAAAGUGGUUUAUUUAAACUUUGAGUUGCUCCAAGAGCAACACGAAUGCGUGUUGUGUAUAUUUGACAAUGCUGCAGUUUAACUGUAACGUCAGUGUGUGAUGUUUUGUGCCAUGUGAGUGUGUAGUUGGCAAAAGCUGCCUCCCCUGGUUUUGUUUAUUUUUGAAGUUGGCAGAAGGUGGCUGACGGAGAGAGAGGCAAAGAAUACGUUUAUUUCAAAAUGUGGUCAUGUAAUAAUUGUAGUUAGCAUGUCUUGUAUUUUAUUGUCUGGAGACAUCAGGGUGAACAGUGCCUAUGCAUUUAAUGAGAGCAAGGCAACAGUAUUCCAUGUUAUUAUGGCACAAACAAGACAUUCAAGGGAAAUCUAAAAGAAAAAAACAUUGUUCUUAUAAAUUCUGUGGUCAUAUGUUUACAUGCCAUGGAAAUGGAGACCCCCCCCCCAAGGAAAUGUAGAAUGUUAACUUGUGACUCAGCUCAUGCCUGCAUACACAUUUCACAUUAUGGGAAUGCAUCUGACAACAUAAGAAUAAAAGUGUUGUGAA